GGGUUCGAUUGGUUGCCUUGAAACAAUAGGUUAGUGGAAUGUUUUCCUGCAUUUUCCUCUGUUUGGUUCACUUUUGGAAAAAGUUUUUUGACCCGGAAAACUAUCCUGACCCGUCUUAGUUUUUGGGAUAGUUAACCACUUUAUUGAGCUAUCUCUAACCUCCCACCACCCCUGCGAUAUAGUUGUAUCCAUGGCUCCAUCAAUUAAUGCUAAAUUAGAUUUUACCAAUUUAUCCUUCAUCUACCUCAGCAAAAAUUGCUGCAAUCUGCUUCAUUGAGCGGAAGCAUUCCUAACCCCCAAUUAGGGCGCACAGAAAUUGGGUAAAUAGGGCGGAAGAAAUUGGGUAAAUUGCUGCAAUCUGCUUCAUUGAGCGGAAGAAUUCCUACCGCCCAAUUAGGGCGCACAGAAAUUGGGUAAAUAGAAAUUAGGAAAAAAGAAACCGCGCAUCUCGUUGUGCUCCCUUGACGAGGACGACGCCAUAAGCUUCAAGCAUGUCUGAUUCAGACUUGAUUCGGAAGGAUGCAUCGUCCCGGAAGAAAAUGGCUGAAUACAUGUUAGUGUUGGAGGAAAUUGUUCGUAAUUACAAAACAAACUUGCUUCUUUUGCGCAUCCUGGUUUCGGUAAUUAGAGGCAGGUCCAAAAGAAAAGAACGAGCUGGGGCAAAUGUCAAUUAUAGUUUGAUAAACAAAAGGCCUAAACAAGUAUAUCAUAUGAACAGAAUGGUUAGGCUUACAGACAGGUCAUGCAUAGAUAAUCUGAGGAUGGAUAGGAACACUUUUGGAAGGCUAUGUCGCCUCCUACGGGACUACAGUGGGCUUAUUGAUCACAGAUUUGUAACUGUCGAAGAGCAAGUGGCCAUGUUUUUGGGGAUUCUUUCUUAUCACAAGAAAACUCGUCUUGUGGGAUUUGAAUUUAUGUGUUCUUCAUAUACGGUUAGCCGCUAUGUACACAUUGUACUACGUGCUGUGUUGAACCUUCAACAUACUUUGUUGGUUAAACCCGAGCCAAUAUCUGAUGGUUGCAGUGACGAACGAUGGAAGUGUUUCAAGGGAUGCCUAGGAGCAUUGGACGGUACGUACAUCAAUGUCCGUGUGCGUGCGGGUGAUACCCCUAGAUAUCGUACAAGGAAAGGGCAAAUCGCCACGAAUACGCUGGCCGUAUGUGAUCGGUUCCUCAGAUUCAUAUACUUGUUCCCUGGUUGGGAGGGAUCCGCGGGGGAUGCAAGGAUUCUACGUGAUGCUGUAGGUCGACCAGAUGGACUCAAAGUUCAGAAAGGCCAUUACUAUCUAUGUGAUAAUGGUUAUGCGAACAGUGACGGCUUCUUGACGCCCUAUAAAGGGGUUCGUUAUCAUCUGAAAGAAUGGGGACCGGCAUGCGAACGUCCUCAAAACUCUCGGGAAAUAUUCAAUAUGAAGCACACUAGAGCCCGAAACGUCAUUGAGCGUGCAUUCGCCGUCCUUAAAAUGAGGUGGGGCAUUCUCCGGAGUUGCAGUUUCUAUCCGAUACAAGUUCAGAUAGGGUUGAUAAUCACAUGUUUUUUGCUACACAACUUCAUACGAGGUGAGAUGACAGUAGACCCAAUAGAAGAGCUGAUCGACGGACAAGCUGGUUGCGAUAUGGAUAACGAAGAUGCUGAGGACGUUGUUGAAUACGUCGACAUUGUAGAAGCAACUACUGCAUGGAAUAGGAUGAGGGACGAUCUAGCAGCUUCAAUGUGGGCUAAUGCAAAUGCAGCGUGAAAGUUGUCUUGAAGUCAAAAUUUAUGAAUUUCUCCGUUUGAAACUAAUGUUUAUGAGAGCUUAAGUAUGUGACUCAUUACUUUGGAUUUAUUAUUUACAUUUUGCCAAGACUUGUAGGGUCUGAAGGUGUGUGUCGUUUAAAAGUAUUUUAGCUUGUAACCCCCUUUUGUUUUUUGGCUUAAUGUUCACAUAAGGUGAACGGGGGACUUGAUGAGUUCGAACUGAAUGUUUUAAAGGAAAUUGUAUGAAUAGCUUUUAUAUCA